CCCAAAAAUAUAAGAAGCAAUAGAGGCUCGUUUCGUCGUCGACCCCUCGAAUCCCGUCCCUCUCAAUUUUGCCCUGAACCCUUUGUUUGCAACAGAGAACGAAAAAGAAAAGAUCUCAUUUUUGUCACUACGAUGACCCUACCCUCCUCCUCCUCCUCCUCCUCUUCCGCCGCCACCACCACGACCGCCUCCGGCGGAGCCUUUUGCCGCUUCGCCCUCCUGUCCGACGACAUCGUCCUCAAUAUCCUCGCCAAGCUGGAAACCGACCCCCGCGACUGGGCCCGCCUCGCCUGCGUCUCCUCCCGCCUCUCCUCCCUCGUCCGCACCGUCUGCUGCCCCUCCCGCUGCUCCCGAUCCCUCCCCUCCGACCUCCUCCCCUCCACCGCAGCCUCCGCCGCUUGGCCGUCCCUCCACAAACUCUGCGUCUGCUGCCCUGGUCUCCUCCGCGCCGGCGUCCUCCUCGAGCACUCUGACUUCGGCCUCGAGCGUGACAUCGGCCCCCAUCGCUCCGUCCCCAUUUGCUCCUCUUCGUCCACCUCCUCCAGUUGUCCCCCGAUUCCCCCGUCCCAGAUCCACCCGGAGACCGCUGAUUCUUGCUGGUCCCUCUUCGACGACCUCUGCUCUGACACCAUCUACGACCAUCCCGAGUUGCAAGAUGCCGCCCUUUCGCCGAUCGAUUCAUCUCCGAGCGAAACUACCGUCAGAGUCGGCUCCGCUGCCACCAAGAAGAGGAAGAAACAUCAGGUCGGCCCGGCAGGAGCCCAUUUGGCUUCCGGGCCUUGGACUGUCAGCCGCGAGCAGGGGAAUAAGCUGCUCGCCAGCCGGUUCAGAGGUGAUUGUCUCUACAUGUGCGACUGGCCUGGAUGCGUUCACGCGGAGGAGAAGCGGAAGUAUAUGCUGUUUAGAGGGGUGUUCAAGAACUUCAAGCGGUCGAGAGUGUGGAAGACGAUAAGCGACUCGAAUAGGGGCAAGAUUGCGUUGGGCUGUGCAUUCUGUGCUUGCAGGGAGACAUGGGACCUUCACUCUGCAUUUUGCUUGAGGAGGGUCUUUGGAUUUCAUGAUGACGGCGAGCCAGUGGUCAGGGCAUAUGUUUGUGAAAAUGGGCAUGUCUCAGGGGCAUGGACUGAGAGGCCAUUGUACUCUUAAAGAUGAAAUCUUUCAGGCCUAUGUGCAUGCUUUGGUUGAUCGAUUUGGUUUUCAGGAGCUAUAUAUUUUUAAUUAUGAUUCUGCUACUCCUGAUCUGCGUGCAUUCAACCUCCCCAAACCCGGUGCACUGUGAUCCAAGCCCUGAGUAACUUAAAAUCAGAUAGCAGCUCAACUCAGUCUUUGGAUUUCUUAAUUCAAAGAGUAGAGUUCACCAAAAACACAGUGAUAAGAUGAAAACCCAUCGAAGAAAACAUCAGCAUGAUCCAAGAGACCACAGAUCGGUGGGCAAAAUAAAAAGACCAUGUCAUGAUCCUGAAAAGAAUCUCCUGCAUCCUUAUAUUCCUCUCCUUCCGCAUACCAAGUGAGACCCAUCAUCAAUGUGGAAAUCUCUUACAAACAUGCUGCUGCGUGGAGUCCUCACAAUCACAUCAUCCCUCACAAUGUUGUUCAGUCGUGAAAGCUACACGCAGAGCUUUCUACUCUCCUCGGCCACCAUGGAAUGUGCCACCAAAUCCCUCUUACCGGUGCAGCAGCUCAUUAGCAACUUGCAGCAUUUGGACGCACCUUUGAUGGU